AUGUUCCCUAUAAUCGUGUCCAAAUCAAAAUUGCUUCAAAUCAAACGAGAACCCAAAGUAGAGUUCAAUCCUAAAAUUGGGUUCAAGACUAAAGUGCAGUUCAAGUCCCAAACUGAAAUCAAGGUCAAGGAUGAGUUGAAGCCCAAAUCAGUGAAAGAGAGAGAAAAGCUAAAAGAGAAGGAGACAAAAAGCUUUGUGAUUUCUCGCGAGAAUUUAGCAUCAAUAAAAUCCAAGCGCGUUAAACGAAGGCUUUUGGCUUUGCCUUCAAUUAUAGCGCCAACAUGCGAUUGUUCGUUGAUGCAUGUGACUAGAAUUGUGGUUAAUUACGCUCCGAAGAGUCGAAAGAGGGAUGGGUCGAAUAUCAUAUUGUCUAUGACCUGGGGAACGGGGCAGAAGAAGCGAAUGCGUCUUCCAAGUGUUAAAACAGUGUCUAAGGCUAAAAAGACUAAAUCAGUUAAAGACUGUUAUAAUAGUGAUGAGUUCUUCAAUAAGUUGGAGACACAGUUGAAAGCAUUGAACAUCGGUAAGACACCGAGAGGCAAAAAGAAUGACGCGCCGCCAUCGCAGAGAUCAAAGAGCGACAAGGAAACCGAAAAUCCUCAAGAUGAGAUGCCACCCAUGGAAGACGGUGGAUUGGAAAUGCGCAGGCGAGGUAAAAGGCGUCGUAAGGGCCGGGCCAGCGAUCGCUUGACAUCGGCCGGACUCGCUGCGCACACGCAACAAGAUCCUGAAACACAAAUUGCAGGCAUUGGAACAGACUCCCACAACCCCAGUUCCCGAGGAUCCGUUGCUCCCGAUCUUGAUGACGAUAUAGUUUUACCUGCUAUCGUUAAGACGGGUAUUACUCAUAAGACGGACUCCUUCCUUGAUGAUCAAAUAUUGAAAUAUCUGCACAGGGAGGUCGAUGAAGAGGCCAUUGAGACUGAGUUUGACACUAAGCGCCGAUACGUUUUACAAGAAGCAUUGCGCACACGACCCGAACGCCCCUAUGGCCAAGAAAUGCAAAGCCUGAUGAAGGAGCUACGUGUACCAGCAGUCAGUCUAGGCGACUGGCUCCACAUACCCAGAGUUUUCUCUAGGCAAAAUGCGCACUUUCAACUACCCAUAGACACAAAUGAUCUUGAAGCGUUAACACCAAUGCAGUACGCAGCCAGAUUUGUAACCAUACAGAAAUCUAAGCAGCUACUCUAUCUAACUGUGUUAAGAAAAUUCAAACCUAACGGUUACAGAAUGACUAUUACAGAUAUUCCAGAAGGCCUUACUCUGAUGAUGGGGGGAGUUCUCACAACAGACCAAGUGAACCACUUUCGAACAACCAUGGAAUGGGAUCAUUAUACAGAGGAAGAGAAUUUUUCAGAUGAUAUCAAAUUGACUCUUCUGGAUACAGGAUACCGAAGACAAAGUGGAGAUGGCGAUGGCGGAGAAAAUGAGUCGAACACCAUAAAAUAUAGAACAUGGUGUGGCUUAUGUGCCGUCUGUGAACGGAUGUACGGACGAUUCCCGCCAAGAGACAAAGAUUCGCCGGACGGGAUGGAGCUAAGCGAUUUUUCUAUGGUGGAAACGAAGCUCGUCACAUUAAAAGUUCACCCUGGAUUAGCUGAAAUUCUCAAUGCAAUAUGUAGCCGAUGA